AUGCCGAAAAAGAGCUCGAUAGGAGGCCGGCGUAGGGCAUGGGACUUCGUCCGGCUAGCGCUGUUGUGGGCCCGAAAGGGGGGCAUUUUUAGAAACCGUCUGAUCGUGAGCCUGAAAUCGGUCGAGAAAGGAAUGCUAAGAAAACUCCGGCACUCGAGUCAGACGCCACGUGGUGGGGCCCUCAUCUAUGGGGAGCGCGAGCUGUCGUUCGACGAGACACCCGUUGUUCACGUGAGGAUGAGCCGGAGGCCCUUAGGGUCCAUGCGGUUCAAGUUGCCGCACAUCCCGUGCAUCGAGCCGCAUGUCGUGGAUUUCGACUAUGAUUUCGAGUUUGGUGAUGGAGAGGGUUAUGAUUACGAUGUGGGAGAAGCUUGCCAUAGUGUCAAGGACUCGAGUUUUGUAGUCGAGAGUUUCGAAAAUGGAGUAGAAGAAGACGAAGAAGAAGAAGAAGAAGAAGAAGAGGAAGAGGGGAUUGAUGUGAAGGCCGAGCUGUUUAUAGCAAAGUUUUAUGAGCAAAUGAAACUUCAGAGACAAAUGUCGCGCCUUCAGUACAGCUAA